AUGUCGAACCCUACCGAGAACGUGGGCGCCGUGUUCGCCAACAACGCCUGGGCUGACCAGGUCGCCGUUGACAAGAUCGCUCUGAGCAAUGUGACGCCCAUCAGCUCUUCCGACGGCGGCGAUACGCUGUCUGACGCAUUUGCAGAGUACGAGACCAGUGUCGACGACGGUGACGAAGAGGAUGCCGUCGCUGGGGAUGCUGGCAAAGUUGAAGGUGACGAUGAAAACGACGAGAUUGCAGACGACGGAAUUGACAAUCACGCAGUCCGUCCCAGGCUCACGGCAAAUGAGCUUCUCGCUCUCAAAGCGCCCAUCCUCGCGCGCCUGGCCACAAUGAUCCGGAACGCCGAAAAGGCCGAGAUCCUCCAUCGCAACGACAAAGUUGAGAAGCAGCGCAUCCUCGAGGAGCUCUACAAGACAGUCGACGUCGAUCGCGACGGCGUGGAGGAUGCCGCGUGGGAUCUCGAUGGCAGCAGCUUCCGCCACGAACAGAGCCUUCAGCGUCUGCUGGAGCUCAAGGCACAUCUACGGGAGGUGCAGAACAUGGUUGUGUAG